UAGUAUUUUAACAUACAUUUAUAAAAAAUAACAAGGAAACCGGAGUAUUAAAGUGAAUCAAACGAAUAUAAUCGUAAUCUUAAGCAUUAUCAGAAAUUUACUUUAGAUAACACCAAGUUAUUUUAAUCUCGUAUAUCUGGGUGGAGAAUUUAGUCACAAAAUGUCAACAAUCCAAAAGUGAGGUUAUAUAAACGUCAGUUGUACCUUUUUAAUCAAAAAUAUAUAAAUACAAGUACAAAAAGCGUUAGAAAAAAGUCGUGGCAAACGAAUACCGAACGAAAAAUGGCUGAAAAGCUGCUCAUCCUCAAUGAUCGAGGUGUCGGAAUGCUCACGCGGAUUUACAAUAUAAAAAAAGCGUGUGGUGAUGCAAAAUCAAAACCGGGAUUUUUAUCAGAUAAAAAUUUAGAGUCGUCUAUUAAACAUAUAGUUCGUAAGUUCCCGAAUAUCGAUGUAAAGUCACUUGGACCGUUGGGAAACAUUCGAAAUGAUAUUAUCAAGUCUUUAUCUCUUUAUUAUUACACUUUUGUGGAUUUAUUAGAUUUUAGAGAUAGCGUAAGCGAGUUGUUAACCUCAAUGGACGCUUGGGGUGUUAAUUUAGACAUUAAUUUAAAUUUCGAGUUAACAAAGAAUUAUUUAGAUUUAGUUGUAACGUUUGUAAGCUUAAUGAUUUUAUUAUCUAAGGUAGAAGACCGCAAAGCGGUAUUAGGCUUAUUUAAUUCCGCCUAUGAGAUGAUACAUAAUCAAAUGGACCAUAGUUUUCCAAGAUUAGGGAGUAUGAUCACCGAUUAUGAUGUUCCAUUAAAAAAAUUGUAUGAGGAGUUUGUUCCUCAUGGUAGGAUUUUAAUGGGGGCGCUAAAAUCGUUGGAGGGAAUUUAUUCGAGUAGGAACGUCCCCGCGGAUACUUGGAGGGUCGAUUUAAAAUUAAGUUUAGUUGGAAACCCUGCUUGCUUGGUUAAGCCUUUAAUGGGGGAAAAAACGAUGUCUUGCGAGUACCUCUCAAUGGACACCAUGGAUCGUUGGAUCAUUUUCGGGGCGGCUUUAAUCCCGCAAAUUAUCCAGGUCGAAGGCGGUUUCAAAAUUUGGGGGAAAGCCUUGGAGUCUUGUUGGGUUAUCCCGCUAUUUCGGGACGAAGUGAUUCACAUUCACCCCUAUAUCAUUUCUUAUUUCGACGCGCAAAAGGGUUAUGGGAAAAGAAUUUCGGAAGUUAAGGAGUGCCAAAGUCACGCGAUUCAAAAAGCGGGGUAUAAACAUAGAGAGAGGCGUAAAUUUUUGCGGACUGCUUUGAAAGAGUUGGGGUUAAUUUUAACUGAUCAACCUGGUUUGUUGGGGCCGAAAGCUUUGAUGGUGUUUAUGGGGUUGUGUUACGCUCGGGAUGAGGUGCUUUGGUUGUUGCGGCACAAUGAUAACCCGCCGUUGCAGAAAAAUAAGGGGAAGUCAACUGAGGAUUUGGUGGAUAGGCAAUUACCGGAGUUGUUGUUUCAUAUGGAGGAGUUAAGAGUGUUGGUGAGGAAGUACUCGCAAGUUAUGCAGCGGUAUUACGUGCAAUAUCUUGCUGGGGGGGACGCGAUUGCCCUAAAAAAUUUGAUGCAAAACUUGAACGGGUGCCCCGAAGACGAGGGGAUCAUCUUAUCAUCGUUAUGCAACACCAUCUCAAACUUAUCAGUUAAGCAAGUCGAGGAGAACGAAAUUUUCGACUUCACCGCGUUCCGCUUAGACUGGUUUCGCCUCCAAGCGUUAAUGUCAACGAUAAAAUCCCCCUUAAACAUAACAAACAACAAAGAAUUAAUCAAUUUAUUAGACACGGCUCAAUUCCACACGAGAAUGGUCGAUCAUCUCGAUGCAAUAACCGUCGAGUGUUCGGAUUUGUCGAUUUUUUGCUUUUACAGUCGGAUUUUUGAAGAGCAAUUCCACAUGUGUUUAGAAUUCCCAGCUCAAAAUCGCUACAUCACCGCGUUCCCCCUAAUUUGUAGCCACUUCCAGCAUUGCACGCACGAUUUAUGCCCCGAGGAGCGCCACCACAUCCGCGAAAGAUCCUUAUCAGUCGUUAACAUGUUUUUGGAUGAGAUGGCGAAAGAGGCCAAAAAUAUCAUCACUGCGAUUUGCGACGAACAAUGCAAAAUGAGCGAUAAAUUAUUACCCAAAUCGUGCGCGCCAUUAAUCGCCGCCCAAUUAAACCGCAAAAAAAAAGAUAAAAACAAAAAAAAUGCGGUUGAAAUGGAAAAGCCGGGGAAAGAAAGUUACCGAAAAACGCGCGAGAAUUUAACAACGAUGGAUAAAUUGCAUAUGGCCCUAACCGAGUUAUGUUACGCCAUAAAUUAUUGCGGGACCAUCAACGUUUGGGAAUACACCUUCGCGCCAAGAGAAUAUUUAACUCAACAUUUAGAAAAUAGAUUCGCCCGAGCUUUAGUGGGGAUGGUGAUGUAUUCGGCGGAUUCGAACGAAAUCGCGAAACCCUCCGAGUUAUUAAUGAGCGUAAGAGCUUACAUGAACGUUUUACAAACAGUCGAAAAUUACGUCCACAUCGAUAUCACAAGAGUCUUCAACAACUGCUUAUUACAACAAACUCAACCCACAGACACUCACGGCGAUAAAACCAUCGCUUCGUUAUACACAACUUGGUACUCGGAAGUUUUUUUGCGCAGAGUAAGCGCUGGGAAUAUUUGUUACUCAAUGAAUCAGCGGGCUUUUGUAAGUUUAACCGUUGAAGGUGGGAUUCCUUUCAACGCGGAAGAAUACUCCGAUAUCAACGAAUUACGAGCUUUGGCCGAAUUAAUCGGGCCGUAUGGAAUGAAACAAUUAAGCGAGACUUUGAUGUGGCACAUCGCGAGUCAAGUGCAAGAAUUAAAAAAAUUAGCAGAGGCUAAUAAGGAGGUUUUGGUCGCGUUGCGGACUAAUUUUGAUAAACCCGAUGUGAUGAAGGAACAAUUUAAGAAGUUAGCUCACGUUGAUAAUGUAUUACAACGAAUGACGAUCGUUGGGGUGAUUCUUUGUUUUCGACAGCUCGCCCAAUCGGCUUUAACGGACGUUUUGGAACAGCGAAUUCCGUUCUUACUCAGCUCGAUACUCGACUUCAAGCACCAUCUGCCCAGCGGUGAUCCGCUUAAAGUCGUGAGCGAGAUGUCUGUAGCCGCGGGUUUAGCCUGCAAAGUUGAUCCAACUUUAAUAAACGCUUUAAAAGUCCAACAACCCGAAUUAGAAGAAAACGAGCACAUUCAAGUUUGUUUAUUAAUGGUUUUUGUGGCAGUUUCAAUCCCGAAAUUGGCGAAACAGGAGACGUCGUUUUAUAAAGCGUCUUUGGAAGGGCACGUUAAUAAUAUUCAUUGUAUGGCGACGGCUAUUAAUUAUAUUUUUGGGGCUUUAUUCACGAUUUGUGGGCAAAGCGAUAUUGAGGAUCGUAUGAAAGAAUUUUUAGCUUUGGCUAGUUCUUCCUUGUUAAGAUUGGGGCAAGAAGCUGAUAAAGAAGCGAUUAGGAACCGGGAAUCGGUUUAUUUAUUGUUGGAUCAAAUCGUGCAAGAAUCGCCGUUUUUAACGAUGGAUUUAUUGGAGUCGUGCUUUCCGUAUGCUUUGAUAAGAAACGCGUUCCACGCUGUUUAUAAGCAUGAACAGGCUAUGGCAUGAUUGUUGAACAAAAUGAAGUAAACUCAAAUAUUUCGAAUAUUAAUUAUAAGAUUAUUAAAUAAAAUUACAAGUAUUAUUGUAUUCAUUAUAAAUGUUUCGUUUAGUUUCUAAAUGAGGAUAUCAAAUAAGUUAGUAACUUUUAAGACAAAAUGUAUAUGUAAACAAUAAUAUAAUAAACGAUUAUUUAAGGUGCAAA